UAUGCUUCACCCUUGCCACUGCUCUUAACAAAUCGCUCAAAAAGAAAAAAGAAAAGACACAGAAAACUAACAGGAAAAGAAAACAGAAAUAUGAGUCAAGGGCAGCCGAGAAGACCCGAGUCCGACCAGGACCCUGUCAGAUAUGGGGACGUAUUUGAUGUCCAAGGCAAUCUGGCUACUAAGCCUAUUGCGCCAAGAGAUGCAGCCAGCAUGCAGUCUGCUGAGAACCAGGUCCUUGGAGAGACCCAGAUAACCGGCCCUGCCGCAGUCAUGCAAUCUGCUGCAACCGUCAACGUGAGAAGAGGUGCCGUCUCUCCUUAUGAUGUGACCGAUGUAGUUAGAGACCAGGGCGUCACUGUAACUGAAGCAAAUAUCGGCUCUACCCGUAUUGUCACUGAAAGGGUUGGUGCGGAGGUUGUUGGACAGUUUGUUGAUACAAGGGUGCCAGUGGAUGCAUAUCCUGCAGGGUCUGAUAUGGAUAUUACAAUCGGUGAGGCUUUGGAAGCAACUGCUUACUCUGCUGCUGGAGAUAAGCCGAUUGAUCAGAGUGAUGCUGCAGCUAUCAAAGCGGCAGAGGUGAGAGCUCUGCGCAGUAAUGAGACGCCUCUUGGAGGAAUAGGCGCACAGGCGCAAUCUGCUGCUGAUAUUAACGCCAGGGUUAUGCGUGACGAAGACAAGACCACUCUCUCUGAUGUUCUUUCGGACGCCACCGCCCAGUUGCCUGCGGACAGAGCUGUGAGGCGAGAAGAUGCUGAAGGUGUGAUUAGUGCGGAGAUAAGAAACAAACCUGACAUGAGGACUACGCCUGGUGGAGUAGCUGCAUCUAUGGCAGCUGCAGCUAGGCUGAAUCAGAACCCAUAAUGUCCUACUGAAAUGUGUGUUUUUUUUUUGGGCCUGUAUGAUGAUAAUGAAGUCUUUUUGCUGUACUUUGUUGGUUAAAUCAGGUACAGAGAGGUUUCUGUAUGGUAAAGAUGCUUCCACAGUGAUACUUUUUGUUCCGUCUUUUAGCCUUUUUGUAAUAUAUUUGUAAUCUACGAGUCUCUUAUCUGCACAAAGUUUGUUUUCUUCCA